CCGACUCCGCACAUCAUGAAGCUCUACACCGACGCGAUCACGGGCGACGAGAUGGUCUCGGACGGCUACAAGAUCCACGAGGUCGACGAUGUCAUCUACGAGGUCGACGCGCAGAUGAUCGUCGUCUCCGAGGGCGAGGUCGACAUCGGCGGCAACCCGUCGGCCGAGGAGCAGGCUGAGGCCCUCGAGAACGGCGCCUCGCAGGUCAUCAACGUCGUCCACACGUUCCGCCUGCAGGGCACGCAGUUCGACAAGAAGAGCUACCUGGUGCACCUCAAGUCGUACAUGAAGGCCAUCAAGACGCGUCUGGCUGCCGAGAACCCGGACCGCGUGCCCAUCUUCGAGGCCAAGGCUGCUGCCUUUGCCAAGAAGGUCGUCGCUAACUUCAAGGACUACGACUUCUACACCGGCGAGAGCAUGAACCCCGAUGGCAUGGUCGCCCUCUGCAACUACCGCGAGGACGGUGUCACGCCUUACUUCAUCCUCUGGAAGGACGGACUCAAGGAGACCAAGAUCUAAGCCACUCUUGCGAGUCACUUAGACUUUGGAGGGAUCGCCUUCCCGCGUCAAAAUGCCGUCCUCUCCUUCUGGCCAGCAGCGCCUGCGUUGUAUACUUGCUCAAUAUCAUCGCACACCUGCC